GGCUACAAGUAAGAGAGUCAGAGAGAUAGAGAGAGAAAGAGAGAGAGAGAGAGAGAGGAAGAAGAGCGCCGCUGGUGGCUGGCGGUUGUUGCGAUGGCAACCCUUUCCUCCCUCCUCUUCUCUUCCUCUCUUUCUCUUUCCCCCCGCCACCACCUUCAUCUUUCACCCACGCGCUUUCCCCUCUCUCUACGCUGCACCUCAAAACCUGCAAAAUCCCGAACUCCCCUUUUGGUCCUUGCUUCCUCAACCCCUUCCUACGAAAAUUCCAGCUCCAAAAGGUUCUCCAAGAAAUCGCUUCUUUCGGAGUUGAUACAAGAUAUAGAACCUCUGGAUGUCAGCCACAUCCAGAAAGAUGUUUCACCAACUACAGCGGAUGCCAUGAAAAGGACGAUAUCCGGUAUGCUGGGUUUACUUCCAUCUGAUCAGUUUCAUGUUAUCAUUGAGGCCUUGUGGGAGCCCCUCUCUAAGUUACUGAUUUCUUCCAUGAUGACUGGGUACACACUGCGCAAUGCUGAAUAUAGGCUUUGUCUUGAGAAAAACCUUGAUAUGUAUGAAAGUGAUACAGAAAAGCCAAAGGCAGAAAGUACUGGGCUUGACUUACAAGGAUUGCUACAUGACAGUGUAAAUGUAAUGGACUUCUGUACAAAGAAUAAUUUGUCUUCCAAUGUUGAAAAUCUUCAUGAGGAUGUUGAUCUUCAAGACCUAGGUGAAAUGUCUGCCGAAGCUCAACAGUAUAUCUCCAAUUUGCAAUCUCGAUUGUCUUCCAUUAAAAAGGAACUCCAUGAAGUGAAAAGGAAAAGUGCUGCACUUCAGAUGCAACAAUUUGUUGGAGAAGAAAAGAAUGAUUUACUGGAUUACUUGAGAUCUCUUCAACCAGAACAGGUGGCUCAGCUAUCAGAAUUUACAUCCUCAGAUUUGAAGGACACCAUCCUCUCUGUUGUCCAUGGUCUCCUUGCUACCCUUUCUCCUAGAAUGCAUUCUAGACCUUCAACUAUGUCAGAGAAUGCAACAGUUGGAGCAGCAAAUGCCGGGAGUGAGGAUUGUGCCGAAGUUAUUGAGAACUCUUCGCUUCAAUUCCAGCCAGCUAUUUCAUUAACUCGGGACUACCUUGCCCGCUUGCUCUUUUGGUGCAUGCUUUUGGGACACUACCUUAGAGGCCUUGAGUACCGAAUGGAGUUGAUGGAACUACUAUCCUUGACUAGUGAUGCUGAUAAUGAUUCCUCUGGAAGUGAACAAAUUGCUUGAAUGCUGGUCAAAUUUUGGUUGCUUGCUAUGUGUAUAGACGUGUGGUUUCCGCACGUUUUUUGCAUUUCAGCAUGAUGAGAUUAUAACAGACAAGUUAGUGGAAACAUCAUUGCUCGCUGUAGAACACAAAUCUUGCUUUGCUGUUGGCUGGUGAUUAUAUCAUAGAAUAUGGAAAUGUUGUGACCAACAAGGAGCAUGAUAUGCAAGAUGGAGCUCAUUAUUUUUAUGA